GGAACGGUUAUAAACAAGGAGGCGUAUUCAUAUAAUUGACCACUCCUCUCUGUCAGGCUGCGCUUCCGUGUUUACACACCCACAGAAAAACAGGACACUAGCGGCCGUCGGAUGAAUGUUUACCGAGCAAGCAUAGAGUGGUGGUGAGGAAAGUGACAGUCACACUGGAGGCUUGGUGUAUGGUGAAACACAGGUGAUUUCAGCUUCCACGGCAGCAAUUUACAGCGGAAUGUUCACUCGAAGGGGGCAUGGAGACGUCAAGAAAUCUACACAGAAAGUUCUGGACCCAAAGAAGGAUGUGUUGACCCGGCUCAAACACCUCCGGUCACUGUUAGAUAUCAUUGACAAGAGUGAAUUGAAGGCAUUCUUCGAGAGCAACUGUUCUCAGAUUUAUUUUAUCUUCUAUGAAAAUUUCAUUACACUGGAAAGCAACUUAAAACAAAAAGGGAACAAAUCUCAAAGGGAGGAGCUGGACUCUAUCCUCUUUAUUUUUGAAAAAAUUCUACAACUUCUGCCUGAAAAAAUCUACAACCGAUGGCAGUUUCACAGUAUAGGUUCUAUUCUGAAAAAGCUUCUACACACUGGAAAUUCAUUCAAGAUCCGCUGUGAGGGGAUCCGUCUUUUCCUACUGUGGCUGCAGGCCCUGAGGGACAACUGUGCUGAGGAACAGUUCCUUAUCUUUGCCUGCCUGGUGCCAGGAUUCCCUGCUGUGCCCUCCUCCAGAGGGCCCUGCACCCUUGACACCAUCAUUUACAACCCCUUCUCCAACCCCCCUGAUGCAAAAGUGGUGCCUGAGGAGAUUACCCCGCUUGUUCCAGCUGUUGUGGGAGAAAAAGUUGCAGAUGACCAGACCUGUUACAUCCUUGAAACCUUGCUCAAGUACAUGGUCAUUCAGGCAUCCAGUUUAGAAUGGAAGAACAAAGAGAACCAGAACACAGGCUUCAGGUUUCUCUUCAGCCUGUUCAAGAAGUACUACCUUCCACAUUUAUUCCCCUCCUUCACCAAACUCACAAACCUCUACAAGCCUUUAUUAGACCUCCCCCACCACAGACCAAAACCCUUGUAUGUGCCAGUGACCCGGAACAAUGAGAGCACCUUCUGCACCAGGGAUCAGUACCUGGCACCCCGUGUGGCCUUCAUCACCUGGUUGGUCACCUUCUUCCUGGAGAAGAAGUAUGUCAGCAGUGCUGCUGUGGCGCAGAGCGCCAAGAACGGCAACGAGGUCAUUCCCAAACUCAUCCAGACUGUCACUGCAGGCAGUAGCAGCCAGGAGAAGGAGAAGGAUAAGACAUCAGAUGGGGAUACGAAUGGACCAGCAGGGGAGCCUGAGAAGAGCCACUCCAACAGCAGCACACUGUCAGAUCGACGGCCCAGCGAUUCCAGUUUGUGUAGCAUUGAGGAGGAGCACCGCUAUGUCUAUGACAUGGUGCAUGCCAUCCUGCUGUCCACCAGGGACAAUGUGAAUUUUGUCAAUGAGGUCUUCCACCAGGCUUUUCUGCUGCCGUCCUGUGAGGCAUCAGCAACCAGGAAGGUAAUCAAAGUGUACAGGAAGUGGAUCCUACAGGAGAAACCCAGCUUCAUGACAGAGCCUGACACAACUACCCAUGAAGAUGAAGUGGAUGACAGCUCUGGACAGAUACUCACCACAGAGACAAACAGCAUGCAUGUACAGACGGAGAGUCACGGUCACAGACGGUCGUCCAGCUGGGGCAGGACCUACUCAUUCAGCAGCGCCAUCAGUCGGGGCUUUCUCACUGAGGAGCAGAACAGGGACAUCAAGGCUGGCAUCCAGCCCACACUACAGGUGUUCCUGACCAACUCAUCCAAUGUGUUCCUGUUGGAACCGUGCCAGGAUGUACCUAAACUUCUGGAAAACCAGGUUGAGGUGUGCAAGGGUGUUCUUAGCAUCUACCGGCACAUGAUCAUGGAGCACACGAUGAAUACACAGACAUGGGAGCAGAUGCUGCAGGUACUGCUGAGGAUCACUGAGGCGGUGAUGAAGAGGCCACAGGAAAACCAAAGAAAAGACAGCUUUGCUGAAAGUUUAGCAUCUAUACUCUUUAGGACCAUCAUUGUGGCGUGGGUGCGAGCCAACCUGUGCGUAUUUAUCUCCCGGGAGCUAUGGGACGAGCUGCUGGCAGUGCUGUCCUCUCUUACCUGCUGGGAGGAGCUGGUGACAGAGUGGGCCAGCAUCAUGGACUCACUGACGGCUGUGCUGGCACGUUCGGUUUAUGGCCUAGACAUGGCCAACCUGCCUCUGGACAAACUCAGUGAACAGAAGGAAAAGAAGCAGAGAGGACGUGGGGUGAUUCAGGACUCCCAGAAGGCAGCAGCAGUGGCACGAUCUUUCUCAUUGAGUUGGAGAAACCAAGGGGAGCAGGGUGGGCCAGGGGUUCAAGAGCCCAUGAGGAUUCGCUCUGCCACUACGUCAGGAGCUCCUGGUGUAGAGAAGGCCCGAAACAAUGUCCGACAGAAGGCCUCUGCUAAGCGAAGCCAGUCAAUCAGCAACUGUGUUCAUCUAUACGAGGCUUUGCCCACUACUAAAAGUGUUCCUAUGCUGCUCCACACUGUGAGCUCUUUCUUGCCUGGUAUCUCUUCUGGUAACUCUGCUUGCUCUCACAGACUCUCAGAUGUGGAGGAGUGUCAGCUGUCUGAAUGUGGGGGAGAGGAGGAGCUGGGAGGCGGGGAUAGCCCUCUACCACGUAGCAGCAGCACCUCUGACAUCACCCAACAACUGUCUGACACGUUACCAGCCCAAAAGAGAGAGUACUCCCCUACGUCCUGUGGCUCUGAUAGCAGGAUGUCUGAGGGCAGGAGAGAAAGCAAUGAGCCACCAGUGAUCCUCAUUCGGCAGAGCAGCAGUUCAGCUGAGACAGACUGCAACACAGAGGGACACACAAACAACACAAGGCCCAAGCUUAGAGAAAAAAGUGAGAGUGUAAGCAGUGAGACGUCCAACGGCUACCUCAAUGAAGCUGAGGUUACCUGGCAGGCCUUUGAUGAGGAGGCUGACACUCAGUCCACACAGUCAGCCCACAUGGAUGUGACAGCCGACCCCCAGAGCCAAGGGAGUCUACUGCUCAGCCACAACGAGGCUCUAGCAGGUCCUGAGUGUGCCCUCCCUCCCCACUCUGCACCCCCGUCCUACCACCACCACAACCACUACCACUACCCCCAGAACCCCCCCGCCUCACCAGCCCUGCUGGUGCACACAGAGUGCCCGCGGGACUGCCCCUUGGACGACACCAUGCAUCAGUCUGUCUUACACAUGCCACACCACUUGGACAGCAGUGAGUGUCUGGCUGACGAUGUCAGCAUCAUUGCUGGUGGGACCCUGACUGGUUGGCAUGCUGAUUCAGCUUUUGUCCUUUGGAGGAGGAUAUUGGGUAUCCUGGGAGAUGUCAACAGUAUCCGCUGCCCAAAAAUUCAUGCUAAGGUCUUCUCCUAUCUCUAUGAGCUCUGGCACAAGCUGGCCAAGAUCCGGGACAACCUUGGGAUCAGUGUGGACAACCAGUCUUCUCCUCCCCAGCCGGCCUUCAUCCCUCCUCUCCGAAUGCUUGCUUCUUGGCUGUUCCGAGCCACCAUGCUGCCCGCAGAGUACAAAGCUGGGAAGCUGCAGGCCUACAAGCUGAUCUGUGAGAUGAUGACCCGGCACCAGGAUGUUCUCCCUAACAGUGAUUUCUUGGUGCAUCUGUACUACAUAAUGCACAAGGGCUUCACCAGCGACGACCAGGAUGUUUUGAACACUAUCAUCCGCUCCUGCUCUCCUCGAUUCUUCUUCCUCGGCCUGCCGGGCUUCACCAUGCUGGUUGGAGAUUUCAUCACUGCUGCUGCCUGCGUUCUCAGCUCCAUCUCCCCUGAGGCUCCGAGGAUGGAAGCUCAGACAGUCCUUGGAUCUCUUGUGUGUUUCCCUAACCUUUAUCUUCAGAUUCCUGUACUGCGGCGUGUGCCUGGCUCUGAGGACAUUGUUGUAAGCAAUGAGGAUAUCAAGGAUUAUCUGGUCAACAUCCUGCUAGAAACGGCAACAAAGGAACACUGUGAAGGAGCCAGGUGUAUUGCUGUGUGCAGUCUGGGUCUGUGGGUGUGUGAGGAGCUAAUGCAAAAGAACAUCCACCACCAGGUUAAAGAUGCCAUCAAUGUCUUGGGAGUAACACUAAAGUUUGGGAACAAAGCAGUGGCUCAGGUAGCCUGUGACGUGUUUCAGCUGCUCAUUUCUCACUGGGAACAUCUCAAGAGGCUGGAGUCUGCUCUGCCGAAGAAAAUCAUUGAGAUCUUUGUGGCCACAAUAGCCUUUUUGUUGCCGAGCGCAGAGCACUCAACAGUGGAAGCAGACAAAAAGUUGAUGGUAUCGCUGCUGCUUUGCCUGUUGGACUGGUGCAUGGCCGUUCCCCUGAGUCUGCUGCUGGAACCCAUCACCAUGCCUUCGGUGGAAGACCGCACAUCCCACAAGGCCCCGCUGCUGGACUACAUCUACAGGGUGCUGCACUGCUGUGUAUCCGGCUCCACCCUGCACACCCAACAGAGCCACUACCUCCUCAGCCUGUCAGACUUGUCCACUGACUAUGACCUCAUGUUGGGUCAGGUUAAGAGCUUUGAGCCGCCACCCUCCCAGACAACCACUACGGACUUCGGCAACCUGCUCACCGUCGCUGAAGAAAAGCGACGUCGAAACAUGGAGCUGAUACCUCUGACAGCACGGAUGGUCAUGACACACCUGGUGAACCAUCUGGGCCAUCAUCCACUGAGCGGUGGUCCUGCCCUUCUCCACAGCCUAGUGAGCGAAAAUCACGACAACCCAUAUGUGGAGUCGUCCGAGCUGUCGUCUGAGGUCUUCAAAAGCCCAAACCUGCAGCUGUUUGUGUUCAAUGACAGCACACUGAUGUCCUACCUGCAGAUCCCUGCCGAGACACCCACUGUUGGACAGCCCCCCCACCCUUCUUCCCAAGUGCGAGUCAUUGUGAGGGACAUCUCGGGCAAAUACUCAUGGGAUGGCGCAAUCCUCUACUGCACCACCCAGGAAGACUCUGUUGAUGUGGGAGUUUUUAGUGCCGUUGACCGCCCUCUCUCUACCACCACUGUCACACACAGCAGAAACCAGGCCAGCUCUCCAACAAAGGGACCGCACAAAAAUCAUUGUUCAGACUCCCUCUCUGACUGUUGUGAGGAGGAGCAGGUAGAUGUUUUGGAUAAGCUGUUGGAGGACCUUGGUCACAGCAGCCCAGAAUGCCUACCCCAGCCACAACUCAAACUCAACCAGCCAGCCCCCUCACCCCAUGGCAUGAACAUAGAGCAAGAGAGCGCCAUCCUAGAGGCCAUUCUCCGUCAGACUCAGCAGGAAGAGGAGCAGGUGAGGAGGUGGGAUGCUGAUGUGAGCUUUCGGGCCGCCUGCCAGAGGGAACCCUCCCACCAGGAACCAAAAGCUCCUUUCUAUUUCUGCCGGCUGCUGCUUAAUGACCUUGGCAUGAACUCUUGGGACCGCAGGAAAAGUUUCCACUUGCUGAAGAAAAACUCAAAGCUCUUAAGGGAACUGAAGAAUUUGGAUUCCAGGCAGUGUCGAGAGACGCACAAGAUUGCUGUGUUCUACAUUGGAGAGGGCCAAGAAGACAAGUGCUCCAUCUUGUCUAACAGUGCAGGCAGCCAGGCCUAUGAGGACUUUGUGUCUGGACUGGGAUGGGAGGUGGACCUGGCCACACACUGUGGCUUUAUGGGUGGCCUCCAGAGGAAUGGCAGCACAGGUCUAACAGCUCCUUACUAUGCUACCUCCACUGUGGAAGCCAUCUUCCACGUCUCUACACGUAUGCCAUCUGAUUCUGAUGACUGCCUCACCAAAAAGCUGCGUCACCUGGGAAAUGACGAGGUGCACAUUGUGUGGUCAGAGCACACCAGGGACUACAGACGUGGCAUCAUCCCAACUGACUUUGGAGACGUGCUGAUUGUCAUCUACCCAAUGAAGAACCACAUGUAUUUCAUACAGAUCAUGAAGAAACCACAGGUUCCUUUCUUUGGGCCUCUGUUUAAUGGCGCCAUCAUCACUGGGACGCUGCUGCCAAGCUUGGUGCGGGCCACCUGUAUCAAUGCCAGCAGAGCUGUCAAGUCUCGGCUGACUCUCUACCAGAGCUUCUAUGAGGAACGAGCACUCUACUUGGAGGCCAUUGUUCAGAACCACAGAGAGGUCAUGACCUUUGAAGACUUUGCCUCGCAGGUCUUCUCCCCCUCUCCUGGCUACCCAAUGAGUGGGACAGCGUGCAGGCGUUGGCCGGGGAUGGUUUGGGACAUGGAGUACCCCUGGGCCAAACUGGACUGUUCCCUCACCGGCAGCACGAGCACCGAAGCACCCAGCGCUCCGGCGGGAACGACAGACUCUGUCGACCAGGUGUCUCCCACCAUGCCCCGUGCCACAAAGAACCGAGUUUCCGGAAAACUCCGCCGAUCAGCCAGCGCUAUAAGCAAAUCCUCCAACUGAGCUCUUCGACUCGACCCUCCCUGUUCUACCCCCCACCCGAGUGCAGCCUUUAAUAUCUUUUCUCAAAGAACCUCACACACCCAGCUGUGACUGCAAGUUUUUUGUUUUUUUUUUUUGCGUGUGUUGUUUGUUUUAUUUUGUGUCAUAUAAACAUGUAACUGGAGCAUAUUGCAAUUUUUAAUUUAAGUGGCAAUCAUCGAUUUCACUGAUACAUUUCCAUUUGUUGUGGUGUUUAACUGCGUUAAUCGAGGUGGACACGAGACUAAGCUAUUUAUGUUCAUCCUGGUGGUUUCAGCUUAAGAAUCAGCAACAUAGGAAGACUUGACUUGACUGAGAAGUCUUAAAGCAACCUGUGACAAAACAAUUGUCAUUUUUAUUCUCAUUUUCUAGUGCAGUCUUAAUGCACUAGAGAAACAUAAAGAUCUUACGACAGUAAGGGAAUGGGAGACUGCUUUACCCCGUUUCUUUAUCUCAUCUGUCUCAACACUUACUGUAACAAAGCACUGAAUGACACAGCUGUAAAUGGCAUCAUGCUAAAACUGCACAAGAGAUUGGUAUCCAUUUUUAAACAUGUCUGCCUUUUUACCUCUUUUUGCACCUGCCACAACCUUUUCUGUGUCAAAGAUACCACUUCAUGUGGUGACAGGAUGAUGUUUUCGUCCUGCUCCGUAGCAGCAGUUUGGAUCAUGUUUGUGGAUCACCCUCCUAACAUUUGAAAAGGAGGAAAAGACUGAUGCAUGGGGAACACCUCCCCCGGAAUGAUUUGUACUCACUUCACUGCUACACAGACUUCCUGGGCACGGAGUCCCUGUGGUACGUGCAGUCAGAGGCUUUUUAAUUGUUUUGAACCCAGAGUGGACAAUCAGUGACGUCUUUCUAACUUGAGCUGAAUUUAAAUUCGUUUGGGGGUUUUUUUAUCACUCUAAUUUUCCUUUUUAAAUGAAUUCCGAUGGAUUGUGUCAUGAUGUGAUUUAUGCAACUCCACUGGAAUGAGAAAAGACUGCGUUUGUAAUUGUUUUCUGACAUCGUUAACGUAGGCUCAUGUCCGGUAAUUGGAUAAGUUCCUCCUGUCUCUUUCCUCUGCUAUUAGUUUCCCUGUCCUGUGAGGCUAAGGCAUCGACAUUCCAACGUUCCCAAACAACGUUUUUGCACUCACUGUCAUUGAUUAACUAGAAUGUUUCUCUUUGUUCUUGGAUGUACAUUGCUUUAAAUUUUAUUUGCUGAUGUCUGUUUGCUAGAUGUAUAUAGAGAGGACUUGAUGAAUUAUUUUGCUGUCGUGUUGUUUUAUGUAUUCAUGUGCUGUUUAGAGGAAAAAUACCACCAGAGCCUCAGGUGAAUCUUAACUCCAUGCACUGGUGUGUGUGUGUGUGUGUGUGUGUGUGUGUGUGUGUGUGUGUGUGUGUGUGUGUGUUUUUGUUUGUGUGUGUCCAUGUCCAUAUGAGUGCAUGAAUGUAUGUGUGAAUUUUUGAGGGAGCUUCUCACAGUGCCUGUGUAAUGUCUGUCCUCUAAGAUGCUGUCCCACAGCACCUCCGCUCCCAAUAAUCAGAUUUUACUUUCUCCUCUUCGUCGUGUGAGACAAACCACGGGCCGCCCUGCACCACAUCUCCUCGUUAGCCGUCUAAGACAAAGUGUUUUCUCCCCCUGCUUCUCUAAAGGUCAGUGUCUUGUGCUUCCCACAACAACAAAAACAAUAACAACAACAGAUGGAUUCGGAGUCGCGGGGGCUCUGUGUUUUUAGUCUUUAUUAUAGGUGGCGUGCUGCUCCGCCUUUAUCUGUGAAUGGAAUCAAGUGGCACCCGCCCCUCCUCUUUCCCAUGAUCCUCUCCCUAUGUCGCCUCCUAGAGCCACAGGAGGGAGUGUGGGGCUUUGGGUUUUGGGGGGAGGGAGGGCUGGGUUUAGGUGGCAUGCCAGAGCUGAACUCUAACAGCCCUCCUAGCAACAGCUAGGCCGGUUCUCUCACUCCUCCAACCUGCCCUGCUUAUGUUGUCAUGGUAGCCAGGUGUUCCACACGCGCACACACAGAUACACACACACACAUUAUACACUCACACCCUCUGAGGGCUCCACCCAAGCUGCAACACUAUCCCCAUCUGUUGCACUACUAUGCCUUACUUUCCCCAUGCUCACCUGUCAUUUCUCUUCCUUCUCUCACAUCUCACCUCCUUUUGUUUGUUAAUUCCCGUUACAGAAAAGAGGGAAUCCAAACAGCAGGAGUGUAGAGUUAAAUCCACUUUUUGUGUGGUUUUGUUUUUUUUUUUCUUUCUUUCUUUCUUUUGAAGAAUGUAUAGAUAAAUAGGCCUGGGUCACAUCUCUGGUUUUUAUUUUCCCCAAAGCCACUUGAAGGAACCACCCAGGAUGCUGAUCUAAAGAUUGUAGGUUAUAGAUGAUGUCUUUCAAAGGGGUCUACCCUACGCCCCCACCCUUUUGGUGGAUUAGUCGCUGGAGAUGUUAGUUUGGACCAAGAUAAGGAUUGUGUGUCUUAUAUACGUGAAGAAAACGAGCUAGUGGUAGUCCUAGUAUGUUGUUUCUUUUCUUCUCGUUUUAGAAAUCCUUGUACAUUGUGUCAAAUUUGAGGGCUUCAGCGUCCUCUGAAUAUAAAUAUAUUAAUGCCUGUAAUAUAAUCUUUGUAUAAGAGAAAGAGGAAAAAAAAGCUUGAAGAUUUCAUCAUUACUUGUCAACAUAUCAAACUGUUUUUAACGACCGAAGUCCUGCUAUCUUUAUUAGAAAUGUGAAAAUUGAAACAUUUCAUUAAAUCAAUUUGAAAUUCUA